AACUUCUGACAGACUCACGUCCGGGAAGUUUUUCCAGCCGAUGUGUCUAGUUUUGAGAUAAAUUGAUCAGGCACCGAUACGGACACCUACUCCCCGGAAUCAGCGGUCUUCACAAAACUAAAACAGAAAACAACGGGAACCGCUAAACUGUGGUUACACCGUGAAGAAGACAAAACGGUUCAGCGGCUGUGUGGCAUUCCUGAAGUUAACGGUGUCUUACCAAACGAACAACUAUGUUUACUGAACAACUUCUCUAGUAAAUGGGUCACUUUAGCAUCUUUCUACUGCUACCUAGCAACACUUUUUCGGUGAGUUAAACAACCCUCGGUUGAGAUGUUCACCGUUUCCGUGGCGGUUACAUUUCCUUUCAUUUUAAAAGGGCUGUCGUAAUCAAAUUCAGCCCUAUGUUUGGUGAAAAAAUUUAUAGAAGGCUGAAAGAAAAGGUCACGGACGGACAGCCGAUUCGUCAUGACAAACCUGGCUCAUAACGAAAACGAAAGGAGCCUUCGGAGGGGGCGGCGGAGCGGGGGUGUGGGCUGGAGGGGCCCUGCGCUCGGUCUCCUGCUCUGGGCCUCGUGUCUGCCCCCGGCCCGGACAGCUUUGGCUGAGCUCCCAAUGCCCAUCAAUAUUUCCCUGAAUCCAAACCAUUACAAUUAUAUACUUAAAUGGGACCCUGGACCAGACACUCCCAAAGGAACCUACUACAAUGUCAGCAUUGAAACAGAAAGAGUUUCCCCGAUUCCUGUCUGCGAGCGCGUCCAGCACCCACUGAUGUGCAACCUGACGGAGGCUUUCUCUGACCCAAUGGAGACCUACACGGCCGCGGUCACUGCUGUGCUGGGAGCCCAGUUCUCAGAGCCCACCCUCACAGAAGGAUUCACACCCAUCAAAUUCAUGCCCCCCCCCCUGCUGACGGUCACAUCCUGCGGCACACAUCUGUGCGUGGACCUUUGGCCUCCCCAGCAGCGCUUUUUGGAAACCUAUAACAAUAUGCAUUACCAGCUGAAGAUAAAGAGCAACGAGAAACAUGGAGGAGAGUUCUUCACAGAAAUCUGGACUCUGAAGCGAAAGGUUUUACAGACUCUGGCCCGUGGCAGCGAAUACUGUGUCUCGGUGCGCUUCUUGGACCAGGACAUCCCGGAGGCCCCCUUCAGCCAGUCUGUUUGUGCUUUCACACCCGGUCUUUUCCCCUCAGACGCCCUGACCUCAACCGUCUUGUGCAUAGCGGUGUUUCUCUGUGUCGUGGUUUUGGCCCUGCUCUUCUACACUGGUUUUAUUUGUCUGAGGAAGAAGCCCAUGCCCACAGUCCUGACAUCCAUCCAGCACUUGGAGGAGCUCCUUGCCGCUGCACAUCCGGCCUCCGUGUUGAAAACGUGGCCGACUGGACCUUCUAAAGGCGACAAGAGCCUCAAGCUGUCCCUCUCAGAUGACAGCGACGAGGAGUUUGCGACAGAGAGCACCAGUGAGAGCUCAAAAAGAGGUUAUAAAGUUUGUGUGGGCAAUGGUCUCUCCUCAUCUUCAGAUUUUUUGGCCCCUUUAUCCCCUGAGCCCGGUCUGCCAUCCCCAGACCUGUUAGACGGGACGAGACCACAGACGUCAGGAGAAACUGCGUCUGGCACCCCGGUGAACGGUCUGCCUGCAGAUAGCUUGAAUGCAGAGCAGAGAGAGAAGGAAAUGUCUGAGGAGAACGCUGGCUGGGAGGUGAACCUGCUGACAUUAACCUUUGGCCGGCCAGAGGAGGAGCAGGGGGGGGAGCAGGAGGAGUCUCUGCACCAGACUGCAGAGCUGGACGAUGUAACUGAUGCUGAGGAGUACCAUGAUCCUCCACCCCCCCCCCAUAAAGCUGCAGCAGAGGCUGAGUCCUGUCCCGUUACUGAGGAGGAGGAGGAGGAGGAAGAUUCUGGAUACAUGGAGCGCAUACCUGCAGAUGUCAGAGAGAAAUAUUUGUUGGAGCUUGCCUCCAGCAACCCUUCAACCCUGAAAAUGGAUUAA